AUGGCCGCCACUAUUCUGGAUCCCGACUUGAUGCCACCUCCACCAGGGCCGACAACGAUUCGACAAGCUAUCGAGGACCUGCAAGUAACCCUCAAUCAAAUCCGCCGCAAACUUCGCACCUUGAUCGACUGGUACAUUACCCCGGAUGUUGUGCCCAACUCGAUCCAAGCCUACGACCCACGACUUCAAAUCUUACAAUUGCGACUGAAAUCCCUCUCGACCAUCGACUUCCAGUGCCUACCCUACUUGAUCGACGGUUCCGACGAUCUGGCCUCACAAUAUCUGAACCAAAUUGUGGAGCAGCUACUCUCUUCCGUACGCGGAAUCCAGAAGAUCUUCGUGGAACACUAUGAUCGGGACCUCCAGGAGCGUCGCCCUUUCGGCACCAUUUGGGAUACUCUGAUUUAUAGACAGGACCAGAUCAAGCAACUGCCUGUCAUAUGUCCUAGCAUCCCGCGGCGCGCUGCCCCAGAAGAUCUCCGGCCGGCGGAACUGGGCAAUUUCUGUCCCGGGGCUCUAGGGAUCAGCAACCACCGCGACAGAGGCCGAAUCUCGUUCGUGGAGACGAAAGAGCUCAACGAUGAAAACAAGCGCAAGCUAAAGGCCUUCGGGGGGGCAUUUUUAAACUGGCAAUGCUCCGAGUGUGCGUGCAAAGUGCGCUACCACGUCGCCACCAGCACGACAUCCAGCAUCCACAGCACAGACGAGGUCCGCGACCACCCCGGUCUGGACAUCCAAUACCGCAGCUCCUUCCUGGCCAAGUGCCAUCUAUACCUCCCACCGUCGGGGAAGACACCCAGCUCAACCAGCACCGCUUUGUCGACCAACAACCGACACGACAGCUCCGGCUUGGUCAAGUACGGCUGUGUGUUCUGCUUUGCGGCUGGCCACGAGCUCGAGCGUGGGUUGACCGCCUUCGCCACGGUGCGCGAGUUCGCGGAGCACAUCGCCUACGAGCAUAGGAAGCCACUGCCGCCAAGUUUGCUGAUUCAUCGCUUCGCUGUUGCUGUCGAGGGGAAGACCGUCAUUGGGGGUCGCUGGGACUUGAACUUUUUGUAA